ACUCGGCUAUAACCACGUAAACGUCAGCUUAGUUAUGACAUUUAAUAAUUUUUCGAUUAACGACAUUCUAUGGGCUUAGCAGUGAUCCAAUUAUGCAAUACCCAACUGCUUAUGAUACGAAGGAAUACAUAUUUCUACCAAGUUUCAUUAAUAUAUCUCAUCUUAUUGAUAUCAAAUAAUUUCUCAGAAAACAAUUAUUAAACUGACAACUCAUAAUUAAAAUUUAAUUUUUUAUAAUUUUCUGUAAUUAUUUUCGUUUCUCCGUUUAAAAACGGAAACAAAGCCAACUUCAUUCAUGUCUUAAUAUUUUUUCAGUUUCAAUUCUUGUUUCAUGAAACACAUGAAAACUUCUAAUUUAAAUUUCAUUUAUUUGUUGUCUUUGAGGAUGAACAUUUUUCCACUCGUUGUGAUUUUAUUUGCCGAGCGGGUAAGCGAAUGAAUAGCGAUGCUAGCCGAUAUACCUAUAAACACACUUAUAUGAUUUUUUUCUUAGUUUCUUGCAGUGCUCAGUGAUGAAACACGAUUAUAUACAUGUGAUUUUGAUCUCGUUAGCUCAGACGGUAAAGGAUAUUCUUCUCCAUUGUCGCCUCAAUUCUUGACCAGAAAAUGUGCUAGUAUCUACGAAAAGAGGUUUACAGAUACGCAUACCUACAAUAUGUAUCUAGAAGAAGCGAAAGCAUUUAAGGAAUUUCUAAUGGCGAUUGAAACUUAUGAGGCGAGAAAAUCUGGAAAGGAACUGUGUGCGAACAAAGAAUAUGCCCUCGAUAUCGGGGACCGACAGUUGUUCUACAAGCAAGUGGAUUUGUGUGACUGCUAUAAGAAGAAUAAUCAGGAAACUUUUCUGAACUGCCUCACAGAAAAACGACGUGAACUGGCGAAUUUAAUAAAGAAUUCCGGCUACUACUAAAUUGGUUCAUAUUUGAAAAGCUAUGUAUGUGAAAUUUUUAGUGAAUGGUGUUU